AUGUUUGGAGCGCCAAAAUCCACUUUCGGAGCCCCGGCUAGCUCUGCAUUCGGUCAGACAACAAAUACUUUGUUUGGGGCUGCAACCAAGCCAACCAAUUUGUUCGGACAACCUUCUGUAGGACUCGGGGGUAGUGGCACCACUUCACUUUUCGGUGGCGGUACAACUCAACAAAACACCAUCACCUGGGGCAGUGGUGCAACGAUGGCAGCCACAGCUUCUAGCGGAACAGCGAUCGCAUUUAAUCCGCCUGUUACACCAGACACAAUACAACGUGGUGGCCAGCAAACUCAAGUGAACGCAAAGCACAUGUGUAUUACAGCUAUGAAGGAAUAUCAAGAUAAAAGCCUGGAAGAACUGCGUUUGGAGGAUUAUGUCUUAAACCGCAGGAGUGGUAAUGCACUCGCGACGGCGACAACGGGCACAUCUCUCUUCGGUACCUCAGCCACUGUCAAACCUUUCCAGUUUGGUGCAUCUCAAACGACAACUACCGCAUCAUCCAUUUUCGGGCAAACAAACAAACCGACCAGUAGUUUGUUCGGAGGAUCUGGCUUGAGCUUUGGCGCUUCCAGCACCACCACACAGCCCGUUUUUGGACAGCCAGCACAAACUCAAGGAAGCCUUUUAGGUGUCAAGCCACAGUUUGGUACAACACAACAGUCAACGAAUUUGUUUGGAGCGGCCGCACCAGCUCAGACAUCAGGAUUCACUUUUGGGCAGACAGCACAAACAAAUUCUCCGUUUGGCACAAAACCGCUGUUUGGCGGGACUACUGGUGUAACGGGAGGCACGGGCUUGUUCGGAACUGCUCAACAGGCUAGUACUGGUACCACGGGUUUCACUUUCGGUCAGCCUCAGGCAACUGGUCUGGGUGCUACUACGAACUUGUUCGGUCAGACGGCAACUUCUACAGCUGCCACAGGUGGACAACUUAACCUCUUUGGUGCGCAGCCCAGCAGCAGUUCUGUUCUUCCUUUUGGUUCAACGCAACAAACUACCAAUCUGUUUGGAGCAGUCAAAACGACAGGUGCCGCCCCACUUUUUGGAACACCUUCCACUGCCCUAGGUACAACACAACAAACAGGUUUUGGCGCUUUUGGUGGCCUAAAACCAGGCGGUACGACUAGUCUCUUCGGUGCAGCCACGUCAACUGCAACAUCCAAACCUGGAGGUAUCUUCGGCAUUGGUGCCGCCUCUAAUACAUCUACCGGCUUCGGUUUUGGCGCUGCAACCGCUACUGGGCAGACACCGGCGUUUGGCGCUUUUGGUGCGGGCACUAGUACUACAGGACUAUUUGGACAAACAAAUGCCAAUACUUUGGCUGCCAAAAAACCCUUCGAAUUUGGCUCGUCGCUUACUAAUCCUACAGUGUCCUCCACCGGUCUGUUUGGUUUCGGUCAAACUACUUCCCAGGCGGGAGGUCUUUUUGGCGGCGCUAGUAUAGGUUCAACAGCUUUGGGUCUCGGUUCUGCGGCUGGUGGCACCGGAACUCUUUUUGGUCAAACAACGGGAUUCGGGUCAUUACAAAAGCCUGCUGCGCCUGGAUUCGGGCCCGGAUUCGGUUUGGGUGGCGGGACAGGGCUUGGCGCUGGUGGUUUGUUUGGGACUACGUCAACUGCGCUAGGAUCUUUAUCGUCAGCCGCUCAACCGCUUGGUUCUGGAUUUGGAGGAAUUGGCACGUUACAGUCGAGUUCGAUUACCGGUGGUCUCACUGGGCUCAGCAACACCACCGCUGAACAGUUUGCUCAAAAUGUCAGAGCUCAACAACAAGUUCUAGAUUUGGUUAGAAGCAUGCCUUACGGGCAGUCUUCAUUGUUUCGGUAUCUCAACAUGCCUGGAACAUCUGAAACAGGGACAGAGGAUGUGACGAAACAGUGUGCAGGCACGGAGUCAAAUUCUGGUGCUGUCGUUCCGGCCCGAGCUGCGGCGAGCGCUCUGGCCCAACAGCAUAAGGCCGCUGGUCUGACACUUGGAACUGGAUCUCCAAGUUCACUUGUUGCCGGUAUUGUCGGUCGUGGUACACGACUGCGCCAGCCUAGCUUCACACAACGUAUUCUGAAAGUUUCAAAUCGUAGCAAACUGUUCUCUGGCUUUUAUGAAGAUGAUGCUUUCCUGUCCCCGUCUGGACAAAAUGUCUCACCAGCCUUACGGUUGCGUCGUUCAUCGACGCUUAGCGACGGUACUUCACUUUUCGGCAGUCCAGACCCCAAUAACAAAGGUAGUUUCUUUGUUCGACGAGACGAUUGGAGGCGUCUCCACUUGCCAGAAAGUGUGCGAACAUCUAUCCUUGAGCGAUCAGCAGUUUCAUCACAGGCGUUCACCGACAUAGCCGAGAACUCGUUGAACGGAGACCAUACCUCCGAGGCCCCGGCUACUGAGAUGUCGGAGUCAGCUGAACAUAGAUUUGGUGCACGUGCUGCCGGUGACACUACCCCCAACAUUAACGCCAAUCGCUCAACUUCCGUCCCCCAUACGACUACCCCGCUCACCCCUUCAACUGAUUCGGGACGUUCGGAAUCGCAUACUGCUGGCGUGGCUAAACUCUCAGUACCCUUCCAAAGGGGAUUAGGUAUGGCUCGAGCUCGUGAGGCUCUUCAAACAGCGGUUGCCGAGGACUCUGUUGUUCUAGAUGAUCUAGAAACAACCUGGACAUCUCCCGUAGACAUGACAAACUCAGAACAGUGGACACUGAAUGCGACGGCGAAAAGUCCAGUGGCAAGUCCAAAACCGAAAUGCGGUGAAUCAGAACCCCGUGCACCUUCAAGUACAGUUAAGAACUCAAAGGCUGUUUUGAAGCUAACGAAGCCCGGAUACUACACCUUACCCACUUUAGAGGAACUGGAGGCAUUGGUUGACUCCGAAGGACAAUGUGUUGUCGAGGAUUUCGUUGUCGGACGACGCCACUAUGGACAUAUUUUGUUCCCCGGCAAUACGGAGCUAACCGACUUGGACCUGGAUAGCAUCGUCCACAUUCGUAGACGCGAGGUUGUCGUCUAUCCAGAUGACGAGAAGAAACCACCGGUCGGAUGCGGUUUGAACAAACGAGCCGAAAUAUGCCUAGAAUCGAUAUGGCCCACGGACAAAGCUACACGAGAGCCAAUCAAGUCACCGGAACGAUUGGGUUUGAUGCGUUUUGAGGAACGACUGGAAAGAGCAACACGACGCAUGGAUGCAAGGUUCAUAGAAUAUCGACCGGAAUCCGGCUCUUGGGUAUUUGAAGUGAAACACUUCUCAAAAUAUCGGUUAGAGGACUCUGACAACGAGGAUGUGGAUGUGUUUGUUCCAAAGACAACAACAACGACCGAAUCGCCUCAAGUGGAUUCGAAACUACCUCAAUCGAAGGAUGAAUACAUCAAGACUGCUGUGCUUCAGACCCGAACAACAACAACAACUCCCCAACUGAAGGCAGUCGGUGCACUAAUCACAGAAGCGGACUCAGAUAUGCGUUUUAGCCCAACUCAUUUCGGUUCAUUCACAUUCAAAGAUAGCACAGGGUUGGGGUUGAAGACCAUGGAACUUACGAACCUGACACCGGACACUACUACCAUCCAAGAAGAUGAUGCACGUUCAGUUUCAGCUUCCGUGAAACAAAUGCGCGAUGUCUUUUUUAGUCCGGUAUUCAUCCCCAAGGUCAAACCAGGUCGUGCAAGUUCCGUGCUCUAUCGCCAUGGUACUGGUGAACUUUCGGACGAAGCAGACGAAUUCGAAGCCGCAGAAUACUCGGCGGUUUGGCCCAUCGCCGGAACCAAACGCUUCCAGGCCUCCCAGUCACCAGAACUUCCUCUUUCUCAGACUGGUGAUAUGGCUUGGGUCGGACAAGCAGGUGGCGAUUCACAGUUUUGUCCUGCUUCAGGGAUGCUAGGCCGAACACACAUACGUACUGCCACUAUCCCUUCCAAACGGGAACGCUUAAGCGAUGAUAGUGAUGAAUCUGCUGUUUCCGAUGAACCGAUUACGUCUCGUGCGUCUUUCCGACCCAUUCCAUACGAGCCGUUCUCCGAUGGCGUUCCGCUGAGCACGACAGCUGUUCCACCGAUUACCUCAGGAUUGCAUCUAGCACGCAUCCCCGCACAAUUGAAGUCUGUCAACGAACUAUUUUCGGGUGUUGGCUCUGAACUGAAACCAUGUGUCUAUCCGUAUUUUGCAUUGUCUAAGUGCAUCUCAGAUCAGACAAUGGCCCGAUCUGUGAAAACGUCCAGUAAAACUCGGUCUAUUGCUACAAAACUGUUUUCUUCCAUGCUGAUUGAUGUAGGUUUAAAUCGGGGCCACGGCUUUCGUCCUUGCUGGGGACAAAUCCGCUUCAGAGAGUUACAUACUGUAGUUCUCGCAACUGUUACCCCUGCAGUUCGUGGUUCUGGAGCCUUUAAUGUGUCCUUCAGCUCUUGGCCUUCCCUGAUUGUACAAGAUGACGAGGAUCUCCUCAACACCGCAAUGUCUACAUCAGAGUGUACGACACUCUCUGGUUCUUCAGAAGAUCCGGAACUUCAGCCUCCGGUGGACCACUGCCCGCAAUGGCAGCCGGUCUCGGGCCUCAAACCUUUGGAGACGUAUGCAAGUACACUACAGUGUACCUUCCCUCAGAUGUUUGAAUCGUCUGAAGAGUUGAAGAAACCCCGUACUCUCGUCCUCUGCCGUUUGAUAAGCCUGUGUAUGGCUCUUUGGGGUCGUCAUCCGCAAGAGGUCGCUUCACAUGCCGUAGUUGGAGGGGGGUUUCAGAAGCCUGAUAAGGACGGUACUGGUGAGACGUCUGAAUGUGAGCUCACUCCAGAGCAGUUGGUUCCAGACAACUUGGAGUCUGCCACUGAAGAUGAUGCCGAAAACCAACUCAGUGAAGACAAUCCUCCCCAACAUCACACUGAGUCUAGAUACAUUCUCCAGCUUGCUCGAAAACAGGCCUUGUCUGAGUGGAUAAGGGCCCAAUCCUUCCCAUGGCUGAAGAAUCUGUUGACCUCCUUGGGGCUGUUUGAUAGUGUGAAGGACCUUCAUACUGCUUCAUCGAAUUCACUUGCAAAGAGCGUUUCAAUCGACCGCAUAGCGCAUGGUAUUUUCGCUUGUCUGGUCGCUGGGGAACCCGGUGCAGGAUGCCGCCUUGCAUUAUCUGCAGGGAUGCCAGAACUUGCGACCCUUGUUGCGCAAUCAUCUUCCGGUGACCCUGUUGUCCGUCGCUGUUUGCAGCAUCAGUUGCUCGCAUGGCAUCAGACAGAAUACGACGGCUGCAUCCCCUUGGAGGUCCUUCGGAUCUAUGCUCUUUUAGCCGGCCAACCGCGCAUUCCCCAUCCGAAAGUUCAUGACGCUUUUAUCGAGGUGUUGGAACAACUAGACUGGAUACGCGUGUUUGGUGCGCACUUAUGGUAUCUCACCGAUUACACUGCUGAUCUGGCGGAGGUGCUGCGUAUCUACAGCGCAUUCUGGCACUCAAUCAAUUCAACGUGCUCAUCUGCGAAAUUAUCUCGACCCACCCCACCCCACCAACGUGAUCUUAUUUCGCCACCGAAAGCGCCAUCCCUUCCGACGGAUUUUCCGACAGUUCCGGGUAAAGAUGAUAUCGUCGGUUUCCGCAAUUGGCCUCGCGAUAGUGCUUACCAUUUGAUUCAGUUGUUUUGCCACACGACCCACUCAUUAGAACGUACACUGGAUCCGUGCUCCAUCAGUCGAUUCGAACCGUCUGCGGCUGAUGAACCAACAUGUCGUUCUAGUCCAGACAGUCUGCUUGACUGGAGUGCUUCGUGGCAUCUCUGGCGUACGCUUCACGCCUUGGGCUAUCGACAUUUUUCUUCUCCCUCUUCCGUGUCCCGCAUAUGCGGGGAAUUUGCUUCACAAUUGGAAGAUGCUGGAUUGUGGGAAUGGGCCAUCUUUGUGCUGCUCCACUUGCCUGACCAAACCAUGCGAGAUGCAUGCGUGAAGGCCGUUGUUGCUAGGCAUGCUUCACUUGUCAUCCCGAUUGAACAAACUGGUGUGGCAGAGGAGGACUCUCGUGAAUAUGGACGUUUUUUGGGGUCCGUGAGUCGUCUUCUGAAUUCGUUCAAACUGGCCCCACCGCCGAGCUUGACUCGCGCAGAACAAUUUGUUGUCAAGUUGGGCGUACCUAGUCGAUGGAUUUACGAAGCCAAAGCCAUUCUAGCUCGUCAACGCUUUAACGAAUGCAAUCGUGGGUUCACUCCGGACCAGCUGGUCUUAAACAGCCGUAACGCGGCGGACUAUGCUGGUCUACGUUUACGCGCUCGGUUGUUCGCUCUUUUGGAAACCGCUCACUGGUUCGCUUCCGGUUAUUACGGGGAGGCUCAAAAGGUUUGCGUGGAAUAUCUCUUACCCGAUAUUGUGCUGCACACCAAUCUCUCCAUCGCAUGUGGCUGUGUGGGUCCAUCGGUCGGCACUGGCUUAUUUCUUUCGGUCACAAGAUUGGGACAUCAGUUGAACAGGCUGCUUAGCCCUUAUCGUACCCUUUCAACUGGACAUUUACCUUGUCGUUUCGAGGAAGGUGUUGGAGUCUACCUUCGAUACAGCGAUAUUCUGUGUCUGGCAGAUGAACUGGCUGCUCUUUAUCAAAGUCGCUCUAACACGCAGCCUCCAGAUGCUGACCAGUCUGACGAGAACAAUGAGACUGACGAAAGCGAGUCACGGGCACGCCUCGCACUCGUCCUGAGUAACCUGAAUACGCAGUUAGACACUUUUAUGGGACAAUUACAUCUUAUGGAUACCCCAAACCUGAAUUCCAGGGUUGUCAAAACCGAAAUAGCAGUUACUUGUGCCAAGAUGAUCUCCGCGUUUCUAUCAGGAUUGGAUCCGCAGUCGGAUAUGCUUGUUCAUCUCCGGCGUCAUUUGAUGUCGUUGGUGAAAAUCAAUUUGCCAGCGGACUAUCGGCUACAAGAGCUGAGCACGCUCAGUGAGGCUGAACUGUCCCUUGGUGCUUUUUAACGUGAAUACUAACCCAGAUGGAAUGUCCUCCCACUGUUAUUACUGUAUGAUAUGUUCGUAUUCAUCAUCCUUUUGUGGACUUGUUUGAUCCAUUUUUUACUGCCGAAAAUGUGUUUUCU